CAAGUUCUUUUACGUUUUUUCUGCCUUAGGAUUUUGUGAAGGAUCAAGUGAAAUCUCCAGUCGUUUACCGUUUUUCAUUACUGUAAAAAUGAAGUCCACACUACCGCCCAAAUGUUUUCAAUUAGCUGUGAAUGAGUUUACUAGUCACUUGUUGGAGAAACGACUACUAUUUUUUAAAGUCUCACCAGCUAUUAAUAUGGGCAAUUUUUGCUGAAACUAUCAUCUCUUAAAAAAAUGGUUUCAACCUUGAAGAAAGAUAACGAAUCAAUAUGCCUUUCAGGUAGCAAGUCAUGUGUUACAGAUUCAGAGCACAAGCCUCCGCAAAAACUGACUGUAUUCUUCCGGGAAAGUAGGAGCUUGACUCUUUACUGGUUUCUGGCUUUUUUUAGGAUUCUACUGACUUUCAUCCCGCAAAAAGGCUACAUCCAUCCUGAUGAAUUUUUUCAGACUACUGAAGUGGUUGCAGGAGAUAUUCUCAGCAUUGAAGCUCAGAUUCCAUGGGAAUUCAACUCAACGUUUCCUGUCAGAAAUGUAGUUCUCCCGUAUCUUGUGGUUGGCACUCCAAUCUGGUUUUGGCAGUUGUUCCAAAAUCUAGAUUUAAUUAGACCGAUUUCCACGUACACACUGCUUGUUUUACCACGUCUAGUUUGCUGCCUAAUAUCAUUUAUUAAUGACUAUUCUUUGUACAGAAUAUGCCUUCUUGAAGAUGAAGAAUAUCGCACUCGGUUAUUAGCCUUUGCUAGCUCCUACGUCAUAAUUAUCUAUGCCACAAGAACAUUUACUAAUGCUUUUGAAUUGGCGCUUGUGUCAUUGAUGCUGUAUGUAGUCUCUGACUGUAUCAUCUGCUCUAACAAGGUUUUGAAAGAGCAAGAAGAAAUUGACAAGCAAUAUUCAACUGCCAAAGACAUUAGACUGAGAGUAGAGCUCAGUCGUCGUAGAAAAAGGCUGCCCUCUCACUCACUGUCCCAUUGCUUUACUAUUGCAACUAUCACUGUAAUAGGAGUUUUCAACCGUCCAACAUUCAUUGGUUUUGCUUUUCCACCAAUAUUCUUCUGGCUUCAAAGAGGCCUUAACUCACUCGGAUUUUCUCAUUUCCACUUGCGGCUCUUUUUACUAGUGAUCUCAAGUUUACCAGCCUUAUUAAUUUUUAUUUUUGUUGAUUCUAUCUAUUAUGGUACGUUGAACACCUUAGACUUCGUCAAAAAUGGACUCAUGUUGCGGCAGUUUGUCGUGACACCAUUUAAUUUUAUCCUGUAUAACAUAGACUCAUCCAAUUUAUCAAAUCAUGGACUGCAUCCCCGAUUCACUCAUCUGCUUGUCAAUGUUCCUCUUCUAUAUGGAAUUUUGGGCGCAACAACUCUGUUCUCUCUCCUCAACAUAUUUAAAAGUAUCUUGACAAGGAAGUGGCACCAUCUACCCCGGACAGACAAUGUUUAUGGUUUGAUGCUGGCUUCAAUAUUGGUUCCAGUAGGCUUGCUCUCAAUUUUUCCGCACCAAGAGCCGAGGUUUCUGCUUCCAGUUACAGUUCCUAUAGUAUUUUUGUAUUCUUUCUGUAUUCAAGAAAGGAGAAACGUAUACGUCUCUGAUGGAAGUGGACGCUUACGGCGUUUCAAAAAUAUCAAAGAGAAGAAGAAUAUCAGACAGAUGUUCCGAGCGUCAUGGUUCCUCUUCAACGCAUGUUUCAUUCUCUUUUACGGGUUCGUUCAUCAGGGAGGCAUUUAUCCUCUGUUAGAUCAUCUGUCAAAGGAAGUGAAAUCUAAGCCAAGACUUACUCACAUUCAUCUCGUUACCAGUCAUAUUUACUCAUUGCCAGUAUCGUUUCUUCAAAUUGAAAGCUCAAAGAAGAUCCAUCAGUUGGAGAACAGCAAGCUAAGGUAUGUCAAAACAAAAGAUUUUCAUUUGUACGAACUUGGCUCGAUUGAAAAAGCUGAAGUUCCAUAUGUAUUAGAGAGCAUCAUAAUGAAGGCUGAGUCAGAGAAAGCAAAGAAGCACUUUAAAUACAAAGUAUAUUAUUCUUUACCAUAUAGUAAAUUACACGAAUUGAAUACAAUUUUGCAUGGCCACAAUCUGACAUUUACUAUAGAUUUUUCAAGUUCUUUUCAUAUUUCAACUGAGGCAAUGCCUCAAUUGAAAACAAACCAUAAAUGUUUGACAUUUCCAAAAGUGCAGACAUGGCUUCAUUCAUUCAAACAUGGCGUGCUUAACUCCAGUCUGUCAGAAAAUGUUUUCUCUUACUUUAUGGAUAAUGUUUAUGAGUGUUACUCUGUGAUUCAAGACUUGAAUAAGCAGUUUGGGCUGGUUCUGAUUCAAGUUUCAAAGCACUUACACGCGUAAGAGUCUUAUAGUGAAAAAGAAAUUAGCUAUAUUUUCCAGAGAGGGAUUUAAGUAAAUUUGAGUUUUCUUAGUCACAAACGAACUGAUAGUAUAUCAUGUGCAGAGCUAAUUUAAUGAAUUCCUACCCACAAAUCAUGCCAAAUUUACCAAUUCACUUGAAAGUUAUACCCAUUUUUUCAGGAAAAUUAUUUCAUCCUGUGGUUGAUGUUUCAAAUUUUUAAAAAUUAUUAUUUUUGCCAGUAAAAAUAGCAAAUUUAACAUCUUUAGCUGCGGCCCCAUUGAUCCAUUUCCCCUUAAAGACUUUUCCCCUUGGCGUCCUUCUCUGAUCGUUUGUUUCAUGUUCAGAAGCAAACUGUUCCUUUAAUUUUUUCUGCAGCCUUGUCUUAUUUGGUACUAUCUAUAUAUUUAAAUUACAAAUCUUUCCCGGUAUUUCUCAGGCUCAAGUUUCCUUUUCAAUACAAAGCUUUUGUUGAGUACAUCUGGGAGGUGCUGUUUCUUGGAGACCUCUGAAAUAGGAUCAAAUUUUGGGAACGAAUCAAUGGAAGAUAUUUUUUUAAUUUCCAUCAACUUAUUUUUCCCAUAUUUUUUAGGGGAGGUUUCGUGAAGACUAAUUUUUACUUAAAAAAUUGACGCAUCCCCUCCUCUGCAGUACUACUACUAUGUAUCCAAAUAUUCUCGGCAGGACCCCCUCCCUUCCCCCAUAAUGUUUUUCAUUUUUCUUAAUAUUUUAUUAGGCACCGAUCUUGAAAACUUCUGUCCAGCUUUGAUAUGCUUUCCUAAAGGAUCAGACUUGCUAGCAUUUUUCUACUGUUUUGUUAUUAUUGUUGUUAUUUUUACUUUAAUCUCUCAUGAUUUUUUUAGUUUUUUAAAUAUCGUUUAUUGUAACUUUGUUUGCUUGUGUAUUGUUUCUGUGAGUUUUGUUUGUUUAAACUGAGCCAAUUUUGAAUUUUUUUUAUUCUGGAUCAUAAAAAGUUUCUCUGUAAUAGUUCUAGUAUUCCUCCAUUUUGACACAUUUCAUUGGGCAGCUGUAAUAAUGUUCCAUUUAACAAAUUGCCUCAGGUUUUAUUUUGGGCAGAAAACUGGAUAGGAAAGUGAAAGUAACAAAGACUAAUAGUUUUGUCACAGAAGUUCCUUACCGCCAUAUUGCAUAUUUUGGGUCAUGUCGGUAUUUUUCCUUGAUUUUUAUGAUUAAUUUUUUUUCUUUAAAAGUUAAAGACUGGAUAAAUUUUCACUUUUCCUUGAAUUAGAAGACUGAGUUUGGCAAGCAACACAGAAGGAAAGUUUCAAAUGAGUUUUGUUUUCAUAGUAAAUUAUAGGAUUUGAAUGCAGGUUCAAAUUUUUCUGUGCGGAAACUUAGCCGUAAUCUGGCAUUAAGUUACAAGAAUCAUCUUUAUCAGAGGCCCUAGGUAUUCUUUUGUUAAUUCUGUGUAAGAUGAAUGUUAAAAGUGAAAAUUAAGGGAUCCUUUUUUUGAUGAAUAAUGAAUAUGUUAGGUUCAAUCAUCUAAGUUAAGUCACUUUUAUUUAAAGAAAUGUGAAUACCAAGUAGCAGCUGUGUGCACUUUUGAAUGAUAUCAGUUUGCUUUGAUUUUGUGUUCUUUUCAGGACAUUUCACCAACUUUUCGCUGUCUUUUAAUGCAAGUAUUAUCCACUAAUUCUAGCUCAAUUUUUCUUACUUACCCUUAAUCCUUGCGUAGAUAUAAACGUACACACAUCCUUUCGAAUAUUGAUACCAAGUGUACCAGGUGAAGUUCACAAAAUUGCGUAAUUUUUCAUUCGAUGACCGCUAAUUAGAUAUCAGAAGAAUUCAUACGCUUUCCUCAUCUACGCUGUUUCACAUUCCUUUUAUUAUGAUUUUUUAUCUAAAUGAUUUUUUAGUUCUCCAACCAACCUGCGUAUGUAGGCAUCAUAAGUCUCACAUUUUCAAGAUACAGUUCUUUCUCUUUUUUUUGCAAAACGUGUAAUUUGAUGUCGUACUACAUUUCAGAUCAUGAAUUGUCACUUUUAAAAGUUUAAUGUGUUGGUGAAAGCAGAAUCUGAACUCAAGAAAUGAACCGCUCAUUUCAAUAAUUUUUGCUUUGCAUGAGUUAGAGAUUUAAUCGUUUUGUAUCUAGUCAUAAAUAUAUUUGUGACACAAAUUUUUAUAAUAAACCGAUUUUUUUAAUUUGUUUAAA